AUGUUGAAUGAUAUGAAUGAUAAAAAAGAUAGUAUUAGAAACAGAAAUUAUAAAAAAAACAAAAAAGAUGAAGAAAGAAAUAUAAGAAAAUAUUCAAAUGAUAACAUUAAUGUUGUAAACAAUAUGAAAGACAUUUAUAAUAAUAAUAAUAAUAAUAUUAAUAAAAGUGUUAUAGAUUGUGGUAAUAAUUUAAAAAGAAUUGAAGGGAAAAAAGUAUUUGAAAGAAAUAAAUUUGGUCAAUUUAUAAAGAAAUCAAAUUCUCCAUCUUUAAAAGACACCAAUAUAAAAAGUAAUAAUAAUAAAAAUAUGAAAAAUACUAAUCAUAAUAAUGAGGAAAAUAAUAAUAAUAAUAAUACUAAUAAUACUUUAAGUAAUAAAGAAAAAAUAAAAGUUCUUAUCGAUAAAAUGAAAAAAAUACAAAAUAAAAAAGAAGUUAAUAAAACGUUAGAUAAACCUAUGUAUAUACGAAAUUUUCAGGACGAAAAAAAAGUUUCUACUCAUAAUAAUGCUUACAAAUUAAAAAGAAAUGGGGACCCCAGAAAUUAUGGAGAUAUAAAAAAUGGUGAUAAUAUCAAAAAUGGUGAUAAUAACAAAAAUGGUGAUAAUAUCAAAAAUGGUGAUAACAUAAAAAAUGGUGAUAAUAUCAAAAAUGGUGACAAUAUCAAAAAUGGUGACAAUAUCAAAAAUGGUGAUAAUAUCAAAAAUGGUGAUAAUAUCAAAAAUGGUGAUGACCAAAUUAUUGGAUGUCUUAAAAAUAAUAGGGAACCGAGAAGUAAUGUGGAAAAUGAAACUAAUGAAAUGUCCAAUAGUUAUGGGAAGUUUACAAAGAAUAGGGAUUUGAAAAAUAGUGACAAGAUUAAAAUGAAUGAUGAAUAUAGAAGAAAUAACGAUGCUAAUAUUAGUGAUUACAAUAAAAAAAAUAAUAAUAAUAAUGUGAACAAAAGUAAUAAUGUGGUGAGAAGUAGCGACGAGUCUCUAAGCAGUGAUACUAUAAAUAAAUCCGAUUGUAAGAAUAAGGUUGAGGAGAAUAGUUCACGUAAUGCCGAUGAGAGUCAUAAGAAGGAAGAUGGGGAUUUAAUAAAUAAGGAUAAAGAUGAGAAGGAAGGAGAAAAUUUAAGUGUACCUAAGGAAAGUAAUGAGACUUAUUAUAGAAUUAGUCGAAGGGAGAGGUGUCGUAAUUUAAAGAAAGAAGAUAAUUUAAAAAUUAUAAAUGAUGAAGAUAAUAGUGUAAGUCACUUUAUAAAAGAAGGACGGAAAAGAAGUGUACGAGAAAGAAGUAAUUUAAGAAAUUAUAAUUAUAUAAAUGUAAAUAAUAAUAUAAAGGAUGACGAUUUUGUGGAUGAGCCUAAUAAUGGUAGUAGUAUAAUAAAAAUGAAUGAAAGGAAAAAAACGAUUUUAAGAAGAGGUGCAAGACAUAGAAGAAGGAACCCAAGAAAAAGAGGAAGGAGAUGUUCUAGCUUAAGAAAUAAUAGAAAUACUAUAAAUUCUGUGACAAAAAGUAAUUAUGAUAUGUCCGAUGGGGAUAAUUAUGAAAAAGGUAGAAAAUUUUUAUAUGAUAAUAGUAGUAAUUAUAAUGAGUUGGAUCCAUUAAAUAGUAAAUUCUCUAAUAUAAAGAUUUCAAAAAACUUUUUCCUUAAAAUGAAUGAUGACGAAGAUGAAGAAGAUGAAGAUGGCGUUGGUGAUGAUGAUAAGACUAGUAAAAACAGUUCGUAUUCGUUUGGAUUUAACGAAAGAAAUAUAGAAAAGAAGAUAAUUAUAUUAGAGCAGAAGGAUGGAAUAUAUGAGAUAAAUGAAAAUUAUUUGAAGUAUGAUAAUAUGAAAGAUAUGGAAGAUAGGAAAAAUAUGGAAGAUAUGAAAAAUAUGGAAGAUAGGAAAAAUAUGGAAGAUAUGAAAAAUAUGGAAUAUAUGAAAAAUAUGGAAUAUAUGAAAAAUAUGGAAUAUAUGAAAAAUAUGGAAGAUAUGAAAAAUAUGGAAGAUAUGAAAAAUAUGGAAGAUAUGAAAAAUAUGGAAGAUAUGAAAAAUAUGGAAGAUAUGAAAAAUAUGGAAGAUGACAAUAAAAAAGAUUAUAUGAAUGAUAAUUUGAAAGAUGAUAUUGUUAUCAAAGAUAAUAUUGUUAUCAAAGAUGAUAUUGUUAUGAAAGAUAAUAUUGUUAUGAAAGAUAAUAUUAAUGAUAGUGUAAAGGAUAAUAUUAAUGAAGAGCUUGAGAAUAACGAAACCUCUUGCAAGAGUUCCAAAUUAAAUGAUGUCACUCAUAAUAAUAAUAACAUAUGUGAUGAUAAUAAUAUUGUUAGUCAUAGUAAUGGUGAGAUGAAAGAAGUUAAUAUUAUGUAUCCUAUAAAUAAUGAGAUUAAUAUAAAAAAAAAGAGAAUAUUAAACAACGAUGAAAUAUUAAUAUUAUUAAAUUUAUUAAGAGAUAUUAAUAUAAAUAGAUUUAAUAUAAAACAUGUUAUGACAAGUAAAGAUUGUAUGUAUGAAAAGUUUAUGUUAUAUAAUUUAUUUUCUUAUAAUAUUACAUGUUUAAAAAGUUCUUUAAAAAUGAUGUAUGCAUAUUGUUUAUUUAAAAAUUUGAAAUUGUUUUAUCAAAUUCAAUAUAAAAACAUGAAUAUGACAGAAAAAUCCAUACCAAAUUAUAAAAUAAAAAAUAAUUUAUUAGAUACCCAUUGUAUUAUUUUAAGUAUGUUUGAAAAUUAUUAUGAAAAUGUAAGUAAACAAAAAAUGCCUAUCGCUGAUUUUAUUAAUUCCUUUUAUUUAAAUAUACAUAAUAUAAACAUAGGUAAAAAGAAAGUACAACCAAAUAAAAAUUAUGAAAACAUUGUGUUACCAGAAAAAGACAACAGAAAAAUAACAUCAAUGUAUACAAAUAAAUCUCUUCUAUAUUCUAAUUAUAUGAAUAAAGAUAUAAAUAUGGAGAACAAAGCAUACAAACUUAAUGAUAUUAAUAUGGAAAACUAUCGUAGUGAUCAUAAGAAUAAUACAUUUAUAGAUAAUGAUUGUAAUAAUAAUCAUAAAUAUAAUAAUAUUUGUAAAAACGAAUUAAACUCAUGUAUAAGUAACAUAUCUAAUGAUCCAAAUAAUAAUAAAAAUGUUCAUACUAUGAAUAAAGAUCUCUAUGGGAAUAUAUAUACAGAACAAAAUGCAUAUCAUGUACAUAAUUAUAAGGAUAUGAGAAAUGAACAUGAAAAUAAUAAUAAUAUAAAAAAAAAAGAUAACAUAGAAAAUUCUAUAUAUUAUGAUAAUAAAAUGUAUCUGGGCGCUAAUGAAAAAACGCCAUGUUUAAAAGAUAUACAUAUGAAUAAGAAUUAUGAACAGACAUAUGAUAAUUAUGAUGGUACAAAUGGAUAUAAUAAUAAUAAUAAAAAAAAAAAUGAUAAUAAAAAAAAUGAUAAUAAUAACAAUGAUAAUAAUAACAAUGAUAAUAAUAACAAUGAUAAUCAAGAUGAUAAUCACCAUGAUAAUAAUAAGGAAGAAUAUAAUAACCAAAACCAUCUCUUUUUAAAUAACGAAAGCAGAAAAAGAAAAUUUUUUACAAAUAUAUUACCAUAUAAAAAUAAAAAGAAAAAACUCCCAUACACAAUAAACCUAAAUAACGAUAAUAAAACGUAUCAUCAUGAAUCCAUAAAUAAUGAAAAUCAUAUGCCCUUAUGGGAUUACAAAGAAUUAGAAAAUAUAAAAAAUAUGAUCAACGAUGAAAAAGAUGAGGAAGAUUGUACGCCCUUAGCACAUAGUAUAAAAAUUACAAAAAAUUAUGAUAAUAUAAAUAUGGAUGAGUGCAACGUAAGAAAUGAAAAUCAAGAAUAUAAAGAUAAUGUAACUAAUUAUAAAGUGUGUCAAGAUGGUAAUUUUGAGUGUUAUGAUGUCAACGAAUCGGUGCUUGUGCGGGAUAUUCACAUGGAAAAAAAUAAUAACGUGGAAAAAAAUAAUAAUGAUGAAAAAAAAAAUAAUGAUGAAAAAAAAAAUAAUGAUGAAAAAAAAAAUAAUGAUGAAAAAAAAAAUAAUGAUGAAAAAAAAAAUAAUGAUGAAAAAAAAAAUAAUGAUGAAAAAAAUAAUGAUGAUAAUAAUAAUAUCAUAGAAAAAGCAAAAGAGAAUAUAGAAAGUAUUCCAUAUGAUAAAAACUGUUCACAGGAUAACAUACAGUAUAAUAUGGCGUAUAAAGAUACAUCAUUAUUAUUAUGUGAGCAGAGGGACAUGGACAAGGGGAAUAAAAAAGAAGACGAUACCAUUAAAAUGGAAGAUAUCCAUUUUUCAGCCGAUAUGGAAUGUUCCCCCAUGUUAAAAUAUAGGAAAAGAAAUUAUGAUAAUAAAAAUGACGAUGAUUAUGUUAAAAAUGACGAUGAUUAUGUUAAAGAUGACGAUGGUUGUGUUAAAAAUGACGAUGGUUGCAUUAAAAAUGACGAUGGUUACAUUAAAAAUGACGAUGGUUACAUUAAAAAUGACGAUGGUUACAUUAAAAAUGACGAUGAUUAUAAUAAUAAUGGGGAGUACCUUCAUGGUAGCGACAAUAACCUUAGUGCACAUAAGUAUAACAGUGUAUGUAGACGAAGGAGACGGGUAGAUAGAAAUAAGGAGAGCAAUGAAAAAGAGAAACGAGUUUAUAGAAAUGAUAUCAUGGAACUUGAAAAUGUAGAUGUGAUGCUUCUAGAGCGCAUAAAAAAGAAUUACAAGAUGCUUAUUAGAAAUGAUAACGAGAAUAAAAAAAAAAAAAAAAAAAACAAUGGAACGGUAACUAUAUUGGAAGAUGUAGAUAAUGUGUAUGAUGAUAAUAAUAAUAAUAAUAAUGAUAAUAAUAUUGAUAAUAAUAAUAACAAUAAUAAUAACAACAAUAAUAAUAAUAACAAUAAUAAUGUUGAAAGUCAUAACAAUAAUAAUAACGAAAGGGGUAGUACGAAAAUAGAAAAGUGUCGUAAAAACAAAAUAACAUUUUUUAAUAAAUAUAGUAAAUUACUUAAUAAUGAUAAUGUAGAUAAGAAAAAAAGCAAAUAUAUGCUAACUACCGAAUCAUUAUAUAAUAAUAAUUUUAAUAUUUUAGAUAUCAAAGUAAAUACUCAUUUUGCACAUAAUUAUCAUAUAUCUUUAUUUUUUUUUUGUAAAUAUACUUCAUAUAAUUUAUAUUUACAUCCAUUAAAUAAAAAUGAACAUAUAGUAUCUUAUGUUAUCUUAAAUUCAAAAAAUGAAGUUCUUACAGAUAAUGGAAAUUCUUUUGUUUUAAGAUAUUUAUUGUCCUUCUUAACAAAUAAAAUAUCUAGCUUAAGAAAAUGCUAUGCUAAUGCUUUAUAUAAUUCUUAUUUAUUACAAAUACCUAUACGUAUAUUUAGACAUCAUAAUUUAGAAAAUAAAUAUAGUCCACAAUAUGGUAUUAGAUAUGAUGGUAUAUAUAAAAUUAUAAAUGCUUUUACGAUAAACGAUUAUUCAACUCCUGAAUAUAAAAGAGAUAUAUUAUAUGUAUUUAAAAGAUUAUAUGUUGACAAAUGUUUUAUACCAAAUAUGAAUCCUAAAAUUCUUGAUAAGCAAGAUAAAGCUGAAAGAAAAAAAAAUUUUAUAGAAAAGAAUUCCGUUUCUAUUAAUGUUAUGAUGAAUAAAGAAAUAAUCAUGACAUUACGAAUACCUUAUUUAAAAAAUUAUAAAUCUACUACAUUUACAAAUUUUAAUCAUAUAUAUAAAUUUAUCAAAAAAAAAUGUAUCCAAAAAAAAAAAGCUAUGCCAUGGAUUCAAUCGGAGGUUUCUAUAUAUGAGGCUUGUAUGCAACACAUUAAAAAAACUGAAGAAAAAAAAAAAGAACAUUUUUUGAAUAGCCAAAAAAUGAAUAAUAUAAAAACUAAAGUAAAUAAUACAAAUGAUAUAUAUAAUAAUGAAAACCUCAAUAGUGGUGAUGAUGCAUUUAAGGAUUGUAUACAAGCCAUAAAUGUUGACAAGUCUGUACAACAAAUUAAUGACGUUCGUUUUGAUAUGAAUGAUGGGAAUUAUAAAAUGGGGGAUAUUAAAAAGGAGUGUUCUAAUGUUUAUGAAAAUAUGUUUCCUGCUAAAAAUAAUAAUAAAAUCGAUAUUAAUAAAAUUAAUAUUAAUAGUAACCAUUUUAGUAAUAGUAGUAAUAAUAAUAAUUGUGAUAAUUAUAAAAGAUUGGGAGAACCUAAUUUUCCAUAUUGGUGCCUAGGGAAAUAUUUACCAUUUGUUUUAGUUCUUGAAACGUUAAAUUUUGAAAAAGAAAUUGAUAUAUAUAAAGGUAUAAGAACUAAAAAUUUGAAGAACCUGAAGAUAUCUAUAAUAAAAACCGAAAUCCCCAUAAAUUGUGAGAUGGCUAAAAGACCAGCUCAUUUAUUUAUACCUAUAAAAAGUAAAGAAGCAAUAUCAGCUUAUAUAGAAUUAAAAAAGCCAUAUGAUAAUCAUUGGAAUCCAUAUGAAGAUUUAUCUGGUGGUAAAGAGAUUUUUAAGAUUCCCGUUGAAAAUGUUGUAGAUGAAUCAUUACCUCCUAUGAAUUUUACUUAUGUUAAUAAGACCAUAUUUUUUUCACGCUUGCCUCCUUAUAAUUUAUUGCCCUUAUGUUCUGGUUGUGCUCCUCAUAAUUAUAAUAAAAAGGAAUAUGUAGAUCUUUAUAUUAAUGGAUAUUGUAAAGGUAUACGACAUAAAAAAACAAAUAGAAUAUAUUGUGAUGGAAAUAAAAAUUAUGAUAUUAAUGAUUUUAAUGUCUUAGCUGCUUGUUCUGGUAAUUGUUUAUGUGAUCCUUUAAAAUGUACAAAUAAAUUUCCCGAAGGAUUACAUUAUCCUAUAAAAGUUGUAAAGACAAAAGAUAUUGGAUGGGAUAUAGUUUCUUGUUCAUUUAUUAAGGCUAAUUCAUUAAUUAUGCAUUAUGUAGGAGAAAUAACAACAAGAAAAGAAAUGAUAUCUAGAGAACAUGAAUAUGAUAAAAAAGGUUAUUUUAAUUAUUUUAUUGAAACAGCUGAAGUCGAUGAAACAUAUCCAGAUGAUUGGAAAAUACCAUGUAUUGAUGCUCUAUUUAUAUCUAAUGUUGCUCGGUUCUUAAAUCAUUCUUGUGAACCUAAUGUUAAUGUAAUUACUAUAUGGAGAGGUGAUAAUUAUCCAUCCGUCGGUAUAUUUGCAUCAAGAGAUAUACAACCAAAUGAACCUUUAAAAUAUCACUAUGGAAUUAAUUAUAAAAAUAUUAAGUGCAUGUGUGCAUCUAAGAAGUGUAAAGGUUACAUAGGUUGA